UCUGGGGGGAACAAGAAGAGAAGUGCAACAAUGGAAGCCCUGCAGCCGUUGAAGCAACUUAUCCACUUUGCUUCUUUUAGGUCUCAUAGAUUUCGACCCCCUUCUCCUUUCUUCAUUGUUCGUUGCUGCUCUUCUUCUUCUUCUUCUGCCGCCACUGCAGCUGCAGUUACCGGUAGAGCCGGCGGCCGCAACCGUAGGUCCAAUUCCGGCACUUCUACUUCCACUUCCGAUAAAGAGGCUAUUCGUGCCAUACGCAUCAACAAGGUGGAAGAGCUGAGAAGCAAUGGCUUGGAGCCCUAUGCUUACAAGUGGGACCGGACUCACACUGCUGGUCAACUGCAAGAGAUUUAUAAGAAUUUAGGAAAUGGUGAAGAGUCGAAUAGUGAAAAUGAUUAUGUUUCUGUCUCAGGAAGAAUAGUCGCUCGCAGAGCUUUUGGAAAGCUCGCCUUUUUAACUUUAAGAGAUGAUUCUGGCAUGAUUCAGCUUUAUUGUGAGAAGGAAAGGCUUGUAAAUGAUCAGUUUGAGCAAUUGAAGACGCUUGUUGAUGUUGGUGAUAUAUUGGGGGCAAAUGGUUCAAUCAAGCGCACAGAGAAAGGGGAGCUAUCUGUAUGUGUGAACUCAUUCUCGAUUCUCACAAAGUCAUUGCUUCCAUUGCCGGACAAAUAUCAUGGCUUAACAGAUGUAGACAAGCGCUAUCGACAGAGGUAUGUAGACAUGAUUGCAAAUCCUGAGGUGGCUGAUACUUUUCGCAAGAGGGCAAAGAUUGUAUCAGAAAUACGCAAGACAGUGGAAUCUUUUGGCUUUGUGGAAGUUGAAACACCUGUUCUCCAGGGAAAGGAUUCUGUUGUAUUUUCCUUCCCCCUUACUGGAAGAGCUGUGCUUCUUCUGAUUUCUUUGUAACAGUCCAUAUUUCUUACGUAACUGUAGGUUGGGGGAUUCGAAAAAGUUUAUGAAAUUGGCCGUAUAUUCCGCAAUGAAGGCAUUUCAACUCGACAUAAUCCUGAAUUCACCACCAUAGAGAUGUAUGAAGCAUACUCGGACUAUGAAAGCAUGAUGAAUAUGACAGAAGAGAUGGUGACACGAUGUGCCCUAGCAGUUAAUGGGAAACUUUUAAUUGAUUAUCAGGGUGUGGAGAUCUGCUUGGAAAGACCUUGGAGGAGGGAGACAAUGCAUAAUCUUGUGAGAGAAGCUACCGGGAUUGAUUUUAAUAACUUUGGUGAUGAUCUUAAAGCUGCUAAAGAACAUACUCGUAAAGCGAUUGAUAUUCUUGGUGAUGAUCUGGAUAAGGGUUCAAUUGAAGCAUGCUCUUCUGUUGGCCAUUUGCUUAAUGAGGUCUUUGAGAUGAUAGUAGAACCAAAGCUUCUACAACCGACUUUUGUCUUGGACUAUCCUAUUGAAAUAUCUCCACUGGCCAAACCACAUAGAAGGCAUUCAGGCUUAACUGAGAGAUUCGAGCUAUUCAUUUGUGGUCGCGAGCUAGCGAAUGCCUUCUCAGAAUUAACUGAUCCUCUGGACCAGAGAAGACGCUUGGAAGAGCAAGUGAAGCAGCAUAAUGAGAAGAAAGCGGCAUCAGUUUUAAAUAAGGCUGGUUCAGAGGGACAAGAGAACAAAGAUGAUGAUGAUGACUCGUAUGAAGUAACUCUUGACGAAGACUUCCUCACAGCUUUGGAAUAUGGAAUGCCUCCAGCUUCUGGAAUGGGACUUGGCAUUGACAGGCUAGUAAUGCUUCUGACAAACUCUGCAAGCAUCCGCGAUGUUAUUGCUUUCCCAGUCCUCAAGAUUCAACAAUAGUUUCAUGAAGAGUGGUUGAGUUGAUUAUUACACAAAGUUCGCCAAUUUUGAGCCAGGAUUGUUGCCUUUGCCUGAGAAAGUUGAAUUUGAGCAAAAACGUCGAUAAUAAAUCAUUUUUUCCGUGAAAGUUGUAAGUGUUCUUCCCAUCAUUUAGAAGAAAAGUUGGGGUUUUCAGCUUUUUCAUGUCUAAUAGUCGGGGUUUUUUAUGUUUACUCAAAAUUCCCCCCCUUUAAGAUCCUUACUGUUCUAAUAAUAGGACAUUGUCGUUUAAAAGGUUUGGUCAACUGUAACUUGACAAGUGUGCGUGGUUUUAUUAUAUUUACCUUGGCCAUUCUUGUACCAGGUACACCAUA